AUGGAGAACUGGAACAUGGAUCUCUCAACCUACACGCCUCCACUCGGACUCACCGUCAUCUCCUGGGUCUCGAUUGGCGUUGCCGUACUCGCCUCACUAUGGCUCACCUUUGACAUCGUCUACCGUCGGGGAUGGAGGUCCAUGAUGGCCGUCAUGAUUCCGGUCUACAUCAUCAACGCGCUGUACCUGUGGCCGAUUACUGUAUGGACGUACAUCAAGUACGGGAGGCCGGAGUUGCCGAGCAAGAAAAUUGAGGAUGGAGCAGAGGAGAGCGAAGAGGAUCCGCUCCUACACUCGAACCAUCGGAUGGAUCACAGCGAAGGGAACACAGGUGGCGAACCGCGCUGUGGUGGCAGUGAGACAGUCACAGAUCCUCGUUCUGGUCAUCACGGUCAUAGUAUGGGGCAUGGCGGAGGCGUCCAUCAGCACCCCCACGGCAUGAGCGCCAACCAACCCACGUUCGCUACCAUCACCAUCGCAACCUGUCAUUGCGGCGCUGGCUGUGUCCUCGGCGACAUCAUUGGGGAAUGGCUAAUCUACAGGUCAGGUGCAACGAUCGGUGGAAGUAUGCUCUACGCCGCCUUCAUCGUGGAUUUCGUCCUCGCUCUCGCCUUCGGCAUCGUCUUCCAGUACUUUUCCAUCGCUCCCAUGGCGGGGGACUACGGGUGGAAAACCAUUCUUCGUUCCGCGAAGGCUGAUUUCUUGUCACUGACCUUCUUCGAGAUUGGCCUCUUUGGCUGGAUGGCCAUCUUUGACCUUUGGAUCUUCGACCAGAAGCUAGGCAUGAAUACCAUGACGUAUUGGUUCAUGAUGCAGAUCGGCAUGUUCUUCGGACACUGGACCGGGUUCCCAAUCAAUUGGUUGUUGAUCAACAAAGGAAUCAAAGAGGCCUGUGCUUGA